AAUCAGCACGUGAAUCGAAAUCGUCAGUCGACUCGCACAUUGCUGGAGAUAAGGAUUUUAAUUGCGUCUAAUCGAUGGCUCAAGCGCGGUUUGAAACAUUGUGGCCCCAAAACAAACGUCCGUCCAUCUAAACUUUGACUGACAAUUAUUCAAAACAGGCGAUUAUCUCUCUCCAAAACGUAUCACCUCUAUUAUCACAAUUACGAUUACAGCGCAGAAAUUUAAUUAAGGAGAAAAGGAAACCAAAUGAAAAGCGGAACGAUUGCCAGGUGCCACGACAUGCAGUAUUCGUCUUCAGUCGAAGAACCGUGCAUCAACGAAACCCUGUCUCAUCUUUGUACAGAUAGGCAACGCUGUACAUUAUCGUUGUACAAACAACUGUAAGCGGUAGUUCAGUGACCAGUCAACUUCAGUGCACCUAACGGCCAGAACUAUGGCCGCUUCAAGGCAACUAACGCUGCUUGGAUUUGCAGUGUUUAUGGCUACUUGUACUGGCAGUGACAUCGCUACAGCCGCCGACCAACGGCACCGCUCAUCACCAACUCAAGGAACGGAUAUGAUUUUUGUCGUGGACGUAUCCCAUAGCAUGUUCACAUCCAUGUGCGCCGUCAGACGGGUAUGCCUGCAACUCUUCAGUCUGGCCAGCAGCUCUAACAAUCCGGGUGGCUUCGUGCUGGUGCCCUUCCACGGUGACGCCGUGGGUCCGGUGCAGGUGUUCGACCAUUCCGGAUAUGGUCUGCCUACUGCGAUCGACUACCUGGGCGCAUACGGCAACAGCGACACACCGCAGCCGUGUCUGGAAGCGUUGCUGGCCGCCUCGGAGCGAGGCGGUAACCGCGCUCCCAUCUACGUCUUUACCGACGCCCCACCCACGAACCCCGGCUUGCUUUCCUCCGUCUUAGUGUCGGUCCUCUUAAAGCGCCAAAUGGUGAUUUUUAUCGUGCCCACCCCGGAAGGGAAUGCUAUCGCCGCCGAAAUGGCUGUCUACCAGACGAUCGCCGAUGUCACCAGUGGUCAACUAAUUACAACGACUGAAACCAUGCCCGACAUCGACGCGGCUUGGCUGUUCGGUGCGAUACGCCGCUGAUUCCAUGCUGGAGCAACCUGGCGCUUUAAUCUAGUUUAAAAUUAGCGCUUUGUGCACAUCCACCAUACAGCUGCGUUCUGUCAUUUAAAAAUUUAAAUAACGGCAAGGAUUUUGUCCGCAUAUGAACGUGAUUAUGUACGUAAAGACCCAAGCCGAAGCCGCGAGGUGAUGGAUAAGAUUUCGACGUCUGAUCCGACGAUGACGCUCCAUAAAGUCCUGAUUACUUGUAUAACUAACACGAGCUUUACAAAGCAAUGGAACAAAGUUAUAACAUUAGAUAUUAGCUCUCACAAAAACUAUACUCCUCUCUCAUCUAAUUUAUCCGCUGCGUAACGCGUUUUUUAUCUCGAAAGGUUAUUAGCGGGGAACAACCAGGUGUGGUAUACGGUACAUAUGUACUGUACAUAGAAUGAGCAUAUGCCUGGGCAGUGGAUAGUGUGAAGCGUACAGCGUGACGUGUGUGGUUUUGAUCAGUGUGGCUGACCUGACUGAUUACAGGUGUUUGAGAUGCUGCGGUAAACUGUCGGAUUUACGAACGUUAAUUAGUUGAGUUUUGGCCGGUC